AGUAUUUAUUAUUAUUAUUAUUAUUAUUAUUCCUCUGGAACUUGAAGAUCUCCAAAGCAGGCCAAUUAUUCUUCCAUUGUUCCCCCUACCUCGGCCGACCUGCAGCGGCGGAUCUCACUCCCCGCUCGAUAUCCUCCAUCUCCGCCGUGCUAGCCCAGGUGAGCCUCGUGUUUCAGGUCCAAAUCUCCCAGCAUCAGCAUCAUCAUCAUCAUUCAGCAGCCAAUUCCUCACUCAACCUCCCUUCUUUUUGCUCUCAUCAUCACAUCUCUACUAAAUUUCUACCCCACCACUUGUUGCCCUCCAAGUGGCCUGCCAAUCCGGAUGCACCAUUCCCCAUAAUAAUAACCCUACCCUACCUUUAACUAUUUUUUCCCCCUGGCUUUUAUUUUCCAGUUUUACCCUUCUUUCUUGCCAAACUUUUUUUUUUAAAAAAAGUUCACCUAUUCUUUAGCGCUGCGGGCCACCUAACAACCUGCCCUCUUGUUUUUGCGGUUAAACUCCUGUCACUUUGGCUUUGCUGACUCGUUAGUGGCAGGCGUAUUCCUGCUGGCCCCCAGCCUUAUUUCCGGCCUCUUCUCCAGCUUGAACCCAAAAACCCACUGCUCUGCUCCGACGAAUACUGCUGAUUUUCCCCCCCCUCCUCUCUCCUUCCUUUCCUCCCCCCCCCCCCCCUCCCCUUGUUCGUCCCCCCGUUUAAGUACCUUGCCCUUCUUUCAAUGAGCACUCUAUCUGCUCUCGACAGGUACCGCGAAGGAUCCAAUAAUAAAGCUGUCUAUUCUCCCAGCUCCUAUCUCCCCUUAGGUUCGGACGACAAUUCUUCCCGUGUCUGCGAUUAUCGUUCCUCAACCACCAUUUCUGCGUCUCGCUCCAGCCGUCGCUCUCUUGCUGCAAUUGCUAUAGAAAAAACUUCCCAGGCCUUUAAUAGCUUCACUUCGUCACUCGCGGCCCCCCAAUCAAAUCCCCCCUCUCGUAAUUCCCCUGCAAAUUCCAACUUCUCGAAGCCGCCAGCUCGAGAUACCCCGUCUCCCGCAUUAAGCUCUCACAACGGCUUUGAGGAUAGGACCAACGUCCAGAGCAGAGGCAGCGGUAGUAGUGUAGGUGGUAGUGGUAGCGGUAGCGGCGAUAGCGGACCUAGCUCCGGUAUUGGUGGUGCGGGCAAACACGACUACCGUCUGUCGAUUCAAGCGUUGCGCAGAGGCUCUGUGGACAACCUCACAUUAACCCUCCCCUCCCGCCCCGCCACUCCUAGUCCCUCAGUGUCUCCCAACCAACUUACUCACUUUGCUACUGCGUCUCGACGAUCCACUCUUCAGGGAAGUCAGAGGAAUCUACCACAGCUACACUGCACUUCUGCACCUGACAACAAUCCAUACGCUGCCAUGUCGAGCGGCAAGAUGCACCAAACUUCCUCGCGCUUGUUGCGCAUGACGAGUGAUGAUAGGCCAUUUACUAGGGAUUUCAAGGACCUCUUCUCGACGCUGAUGGUCAGUCUGAAACUAGAGACGCAUCGAGUGCGCUUCUCCAAGUUCGACCAUACUUUUACGUCGGAAGAGGCCAUCAACAAUCUCGGUUCUCUAAAGUUCUCGCAAUCGAAUCGUAUGCCGGACCCCAAAGACCCCUCACGCAUUGUCACGACUACCACGACCACGACAUUUUCCAUGGCGAAGGAAAUGGCCCGCUCAGUAUGUCAGCGGUUUGUAGAUGCCAGAUUCAUUGAGUCCGUAGACGGAAGGAUAAGUCUUCAAUUCCCUCUCAAGGGCGCGCUUUUCCAAUUGACACCCAAGGGCAUCAACAUCCUGCAGCGAUUUUGCCAAAGAAACGGGAUCACUGCGAGACACAUCAUUGACGUGCUCGAAUCCCCUCGAAAUACUAUGCAGCUGGUAAUACUAGAACGAGAAAAUACCACGGACCAAAUAUCCCACGACCGUGCUACAAUCGAGGUUAUUUUCCGCCGGUUUGCUGGCCAAGAUGGCCCUAAUCUCAAGCCGUCGGUUUCGACCUCGGAUUCGGAUUCCGUGAGUGACUACACUAAUGGACUUGUCGGCGUGAAAAUGGCGAAGGAAAGAAAAAUCGGAGACAAAGUCAUCCAGAAUACUUUUACCGGAAAGGCAGCGGUGGAUUGGUUGAUGGACUGCUGUACGACAACAGACCGCCGGGAAACGUUCGAGAUUGCAACGAUGUUUGUUAAGCACGGGUUGAUUCACUCCGUCUUUGAGGAUAAGAAUUUCGCCCAACAUAACCCGGAAGCGGCAGCCUUCCAGCCAACGAAGUAUUCUAUCUAUGCAUUGACCGAGCGAGGACAACGGGUCUGUGGAUGGAUCGCACGGGAAAAGCCGCUGGUCACUGCGUACGACGGCCGCGUUGCACCUCGAGAUUCGAACAAUGCCCGCCUAAACAACAUCCUGCAAGAUCCCGCCCUGCGACUACUGUUCAGGGAAUUCCUGCGCGAUUCCCUCUGCGAGGAGAACCUGUCGUUUUAUAUUGACGUUUCUGACUUUACGAUAAAUUACCACCAGCAGGAAAAAGCCGGUUCAUUUGCGAAGAUGGAUGUCGUCCGUGAAACCCUUGCGAGUGCAUAUGGCUUAUACAACGCUUUCCUUGCUCCCGGAUCUCCCUGCGAGCUGAACAUCGAGCACGCUUUACGAAAUAGCCUUGCCAGCCGUAUGACACGGGCCGUUGGAGAUGAUGCAUCAAUGCUUAAAAGCUUAACUGAAGUGGUUAGCCUUUUCGAGCUCGCUCAGAUUUCUGUCUUCAAACUCAUGUCAAGUGACUCCGUCCCGAAAUUCGUGCGGGAUCCAAAAUAUGCCGUUGUUCUGCAGGAACAUGACUUCGACCUCAAUGCCUCGGGCAAAUCGCAUUCUCCAGGCCCUGCUCCCGUCCCAGAACGCUCCAUGAGCCGGUCCACGAGGUCGUAAGAUUUGAAGGGCAAGCUUUUUUUCUAGUUUUUGGUUUCAAUCGAUGAGAACAUCGUGACGGAAUUUGAUGUGCCCGAAUUGUUCUCUUUUCUUGGUGGGGAAGGGAGGGGGUGCUGGGGCCAAAACACUAACACCCCAGUUGUGGAAAUGACUGGGGCGGUAUAUAUAUGUUUUUAAGAUCCCCCGCGGAUCCGCGCCGUUUCGCCGCGAACAUCGCGCGUCUCCCAACCCGGGGUCCUGAGCUCCGUCAACCCCCGCCCGCCGGGGGGCUCCCUUAUCCAAUUUCAGGACCGUUGGCAUGACUGGUGGUAACCACGACACAGUCAGCCAGUACCAAAACCAAGCUUUAAAAAAAGAGAAAGAAAAAGAAAAAGAAGAAGAAGAAAAGACCGAAAUGAAGCAAAACGAGUUGAAAUGAAUGAAAGUAAGAAAAAAGAAGAAGAAUAUGGCUAUGGCACAUGCUCCCCUCUCUCUCCCUCUCUACCCAUCUCCUAUGUAAUAAUUUUUUUCUUUUUUUCUCUUUUGUUGAUUUUCUUCCUUUCUUUCCUUUUUUUUUCUUUCUUUCUUUCUUUUUUUCUUUCUUUCUUUCUUUUUUUCCCUCUGAGCUUUUUCAUUCCUCACUCACAGGUCUCCAAAGUGUCCGGUUGAAUCUGGAAAUGAUCUUUCUCAUAUAUACAUUUUAUGUAUGUGCAUUUUUCUACAUGUUACAGUUCAUCAGCACCGUUCCGUUUCCCCGCCAGCCUUUCUUUUUUUCCUCCAUCUAGCAUAUUGGGAGUUGCUUUUUCGUCUCUGAAAGUGUUUAUUUUUGGCUUUUUAUAUUUGGGCAAAUUCUCUAUUUUUUGUUUUCCAUUUUCAUUGUUUGAUUUGUAUCUUUUUUCCCUGCUUGCCC